CCUUGCGCUCAUCCGUGUCAUGGUUGGAAUCAGAAGCGAAUUAUUGCAAUGAAAAGCUUGGAACGCCUCACAGGCGAUGUCUUGAGGCAAUGAAGAAGAAUGCGAACGAAUACAAAUUCAUUGAUGCGAAUAUUUGUGAGAAUUUAAGGAAUGUUCAGAAUUUAUGUGACGUUGAGGAUUCCAUUGAUGAUUCUGUAUUAGCUACUAUUAAGAGAAGAAUGAGAAAGUUCUCGGAACGCGUUCGGGUCAUGCUCAAAACGAAUGUGGACCUCCGUCACGUGUAUUCGGUAGCGAACAACGCUAGUCUGACGGCGAGUCAAGUCGCUGCCGGCAUCGUUACAGAGAUGAGGAACAAAGCUGAUCCUUUAUUGACUUGGCUGUCCUGGAGCUCGUUUGUGACCAGCCUAUUCUUAUUGUUAAUUAUCAUCAGAGCAAAAUACUAUCAGAACAUGUACGAAACAAGAUCUAGAUUCGACAACAGGUAUAUAACAAAGGAACUGCUUGAAAUAGAUUCAAAAAGAAGACAGGAAGGAAGGAAAAACGUUCUACCGUUGCAUAGGCGUGAGAGAGAUAAAUAUAUCGCCACGACUUCGCUACGAUUGAUGCAAUCAGAAAAAGUAAAUUGGAAUCGUUCAGUUAUUUUCAUGAUAAUAACAACAUUCAAGCUAAUGAUUCAUAUAACAGCGGAUUACAGUUUAUAUUGGGUGUUAACGUUAAUACGUCAUCAUGAGAGUCGUCAGACGCCAGUCGAAGAAAGUAUAACAGAUCUGGGAAUAAAAGUCUUUGGAUCAGGAUUCGUAGCCAGAUUCCUAAAGUCUAUAUUGGAUGCAUUAUGUAUUCCAUUGCAUCCUCCCGUUUCUGUGCCUUCAUCGUGCUUGCCAAGUCCACAUCCACCGGACUUCCGACGAUAUAUGCAGAUUGGUUUCUUGAUAUUGUUGCUUUGGUUUUUCGCACUGUUUGAGCCGUAUGGUCUUCGGUUGCGGCACAUGAUAAUGGCUCAUUACCGACCAGAAAGGGCUGAGGCGAGGGCGAUGUGGCUUUACAAUCACUUGCUGAGAACUCGAGAGGACGAUUCUUCCCCGCCGCCGACUGCAUCGGGAAACAUUUCCGUCAACGACAUGGUCGCCAUGAUGUCUACGUGGCAACGCAACCAAGAGGAAACGUUUGAGAAACUUCUACAUACAGUUCUCAACCAAUCGCACCGGUCAUCGCCGCCGCCCGCUCAACCUGCACUUGGAAACUUCGCCUCGUGCAAGGCUCGCUACAGCGGAGCGCCAGACGAAUCACUNGCCAAGCUUCUUAUAGAGGAAUACUUCCUCAGAUAUGGAUUGCCACGUCGAGUUGUGUCCGAUAACGGGACUCAAUUCAUAUCCUCAGUGAUGCAACUUUCAAUGUUUAUUUUAGGUAUUAAACAAGAGCUCAUCCCAGUUUACCACCCUGAGGCUAAUCCCGUCGAACGCAAGAAUCGGGAUCUCAAAGUACAACUGUCUUUAUUAGUAAAAACCGAGCACCGGAACUGGCCUAAAUAUCUUGCCCAUGUUCGGUUCGCUAUGAACAGCGCCGUCUGUUCCACCACUGGGAAGACUCCAGCCUUUUUAACGUUCGCACGCGAGCUUCGCACACCUUAUGAGAUGCACCAUGAUUUACGUGCAAUCUUAGAUAAAGAGAACUUCGUUCCUUCGGCCACUCCAUAUUUGCGCUCCUUCAUACGUACCCUACAGGAUAUUCGUGAUCGUGUUGAGAAGAAGCAAGAUCAGCGUAAGGAGAUAGGUGAUACUGCACGCCGUCCUAUGCCUCCUUAUAAAGAAAAUGAUUUGGUCUUGGUCAAAACCCACGCACUGAGCAAUGCCUCGAAAGGAACUACCAGCAAAUUCAUGCCAAAACGAGAUGGCCCAUAUCGCGUUAAACGUGUUAUAACUCCCACUACCUUUAUACUCGCUAAUUUGACUGACGACGACACUGUCAUAGGAAAAUACCACAGUUCGGACCUGACCCCCUUUACUCAAACGUCUGAUACCACACCCAUUGUUCCAAAGAAAGGUACUUUCAUAAAGUUUGCAAGACGGAAAUUACACAAGGAACAUAAAUAUAACAAGCAGAAUGAACUGACGUUCCGUGAAUGGCUUCAGAAACGUGUGCCAUUUCAUUUUCUCCUUCGCAUACUCGGAUUAGGUUCGGACGACAAACGUUGCUUGCUCUGUGGCGUGCGAGAAUAUUCUAGAAGUUCACACAGAGAACUGAUAAGGUGUACUACGAACAAAUGCCCCGGAACAUAUUGUCAGAGCUGCUAUGUGGAUAUCGGCUGUCUAUGCACUGCGUGUCUACUGCCGGAAGACUAUGGCGAUCUUAGCGACGUGAGCAUGGAGAAAGGUUCCGACGAGAACUACAUCACUAAUGAUUCAGAAGACGAUUUUGUAUUUAAUGAUUGUAGAAAGGAGAAACAAAAUGAAGAAGAAAUAAAAUAAGUUGAUAAUUAAUAUUCUUACUAA